AUGCGCGGUGGGGGUCUCAUCCUGCUCGGCCUCAUCGCGCUGUGCGGGCGGCGCGGGGCGCGGGGCGCAGGACCCCCGGAGGGGCAGCGUGGAGCCGGGCAGCCCCAGGGGACUCACAUCAGCCAGGACCUGGUGGGACGCAGUCUGGUCAUCGACACACUGCUGGACAACGAGACUCGCAUUGUGGAGGACAACCACAGCUACUACGUGUCCCGCACCUAUGGGCCAGGGGCUGCACGCCGCCAGGGGCUGUGGGUGGACAUGGCAGCAGCUGAUAGCAGCCACGUGAAGGUCCACGGGAUCCUCUCCAACACCCACCGGCAGGCCUCGAGGAUCGUCCUCUCCUUCGAUUUCCCCUUCUACGGGCAUCUCCUGCGGCAGGUGACCAUAGCAACUGGAGGUUUCAUCUUCAUGGGGGACGUCAUCCACCGCAUGCUGACGGCCACGCAGUACAUCGCGCCGCUCAUGGCCAACUUCAACCCCAGCUACUCCCGCAACUCCACCGUGCAGUACCUGGAUAAUGGCACGGUCUUUGUGGUACAGUGGGACAAGGUCUACCUCCAAGGGAAGGAGGACGUGGGCAGCUUCACCUUCCAGGCUGCCCUGCACAGCAGCGGCAGGAUCGUCUUCGGGUACAAGGAGAUCCCGGUGCCCGUCCUGCAGAUCAGCGCUGCGCAGCACCCCGUCAAGGCCGGGCUGUCUGAUGCCUUCAUGGUCCUCAACCCAUCCCCCGAGGUGCCGGAGUCGCGCCGCCGGACCAUCUAUGAGUACCACCGUGUGGAGCUGGACACCAGCAAGAUCACCAACAUGUCUGCUGUGGAGUUCACCCCGCUGCCCACUUGUCUCCAGCACCGGAGCUGUGAGAUGUGUGUGAGCUCCACGCUGACCUUCAACUGCAGCUGGUGCCACGUCCUGCAGAGGUGCUCCAGUGGCUUUGACCGGCACCGUGAGGAGUGGCUGUCCUAUGGCUGUGCCCAGCAGGCAGCCGCCAAGAGCUGUGAGGACUUAGCAGAGGACGACCACUACUCGCCCCCCCCCGACGGCUCCUCCUCGCCGCUGGAUGAGGACAUCACCACCCCCACGGCCUCGCUCUUCAUCGACAGCCUCACUACAGAAGACGACACGAAGCUCAACCAGCACGCAGGCAGUGAAGGUGUGGGAAGCGACCUUCCUUCCGAUGAAGUGGGUGCCCCGAUUCACACCGGGACGAUCGUGGGCAUCGUGCUGGCUGUGCUGCUCAUUGCAGCCAUCAUCCUCGCUGGGAUCUACAUCAACAGCCACCCCACCUCCAACGCUGCCCUCUUCUUCAUCGAGCGAAGGCCGCAUCGUUGGCCUGCCAUGAAAUUCCGCAAUCACCCCAACCGUGCCACGUACUCCGAGGUGGAGGCAGGCAGCCAUGAGAAGGAGGGCUUCGUGGAAGCAGAGCAGUGCUGAGCACUUCUCUCCCUGCACCUCUGACCUGCCACGUCUCAAGUGUUGGAGUCUCCUGUUACCCUAUUGCAAAGUCUUUCCCCUGGUGGAAAAGAAACAGCAAGUCGAGGAAAAAGACCCAAUGGAGCAUUGAAGAGAAGGAGUCGGGGCUCUUUCCUCUCCCAGCCAAGCACCAGCUUCUCUUCUCUGCUCUGGAAGAAAGGAAAACCUGUUUUGUUUUAAGAGCAAAGCCCUUCUAAGGAUUCACCUUCAGAACGUUUGUGAGCCGUUGGCUCUGAGGCACUUUCUGCCAUCCAAUUAGUUUGCUCAGUUACAAGCUGUGACUCUUACCCGAAAGGAACCAGAGGCUGAAGGGAAAAAUCACCAUCUUGGGUUCCUUCAAAACAUCUUCGUGGCCACACAUCAGCAGGAGCAGGGGAGGUUUUGCAGGCAGAGGAUGGGGACGGAGCUCAGCCAUGGUGACACCCAGAGGUCAACCCACGCUCACUCAUGGGAGCUUCCCAUAAUUAGCAAUGAAGGCACACGUGCCUCGAUAGCAGUGCAAAUCUGAACAACGCUUCGUUAUCAUCCUCGGAUUUGCAGCCUGCUGAAGUCAGUGGAUUUCCUACGACUUCUUUUUGCUGUGUCAGUGAUGGGCCCUUGGUCUGAACCCACGCUGACACCAUGAUUCCAGAAUCCAACCCUCUCUGAGGGGCUCAGCUCUGCACCUCCUGGGCAGUUCUGCCCUCUGUGCCACCCGGCUCAUGGCAAGCUGCAGCAAUGCUCAGCCUGCUUCCAUCAGUGCAGGACUGGGUCCCAAACUGGGGAGAGGUGGCACGAAAAUGAGAGAGAGAAGGCCAAAGUCCAACGUCAGGUACAGUUUUCUUCCUCCUACCAAAAAAAAGAGCAUUGGUUAUAUGGGUUUUUUGGGUUUUUUUUUCUCCUUAUCUUUUGAUCCUCUGUUAUUUAUUCUGAUAUCAUCUUUGAAACGUAUUUUAUCCACUGGCUGGUUCGGCUGUCACCGGUGGCGAUGGCUGCCAAAGGCAGGGUCUGUCUAAUUAAUGUUUUCCUUCUCAUCUGCUGAAUUUAUAUAGCCAUUAAGGAUAAAUAUGGAUGCUUUGUGGCAUUUAGACCCUAGAUUAUACUUCCUCAUACGUAGCCACGAGGGAGACUUUUGCUGCAUCUUAUUAUGGCAUAAAGGCACCAAAUGCUUUCACAGGGUAAGCCAGGCUGGGUCGUGCCGAGUUGUUACGACCCAGGCAGUCUCUCUUUAGACGUAUUUUGAAGACAAACCUUAUUUCCAAAUAAAGCUUUCCAUGGGAAGGUUGUUUGUUCCCCUGUUUCCCUGAAGUAGAAAGAAUUCAGAGGAACGCUGUCAUUUCGUUUUUGCCCCGGAUGGUUAUGAGCUGGUAAGGAAUUUUCUCUGGAUUUCCACCUCCUCAAAUAAUGGCCUUAUUGGUAGUGAUUUCCUUAGCAUGCACACACAACAACAACCAGGUUUUUAGGUAUUCCUCUUCCCCCACAGCCCCUAAGAUGCUAGGUAACAGCCAACACGUCUGAAAUGCUGCACGUUUAAAAGAAAAGAGACUUUAAAUGGAGUUCGAUGGAGCUGUAUAAAUCACUGCAGCCAGAACCUUGAAAGGGUUCCAAAGAGGAUCAGAUACUCAGGUGGAGAAAAACAACAUCCAAGUGCCAUAGCAUGGAAGUGAUUGAGAUACGUGGAGCGCGCUGCAGGACUGAUGUCAAGUUCUGAGUGCCUGCAGUCAGAAAGGCUUCAUUUUUUUGUUGUUUCUUUUCUUUUCUUUCUUUUUUUUUUGUCCCCUCCUUAAAGCAAAGCAGCCAAACCAAAGCAGGCUGUGCUGCGUGCUGUCAGGUGUGUGCUAUCAGCUCGACCUGGGGCACAGCAGUGAGGCUCUGCCUGCAGCCAUGCCCUGGGCAGAGGCUGGGGUCCUGGCAGGGAGCGCGCAGCUCAGCAGGCCGUGCUGUGCCACCCAUCCAACCUUCCAGGAGCUCUGGGUGCUCGGAGCUCACACCUGGGAAGCCCACGAGCCAGCAGGCACCGACCUUCUGCAUUUCCUUUGCACGUGGCUUUGUCAUGGAAGAGGUCGUCUGUUAAAACCCAGCUGUCACCUUGCUGUUGCCUAGAAGAAAGAGAGCGAUGUCUCUACCAGCACUGCUCUCCUGCUGGCCCUGUGUGUCCCAUCACCAGCCUGGGACAGGGGCUCAUCCUGCCCUCAGGUGCUGAAGAACACAGUGAGGACAACCAGGACAUGAAAAGCAAACCCAGAACCUUUCCAUCACGGCUCCUCUCAAGAACUGAAGGCCUACCUUCCACAUACUUGAAUUUACAGCACAGUCGGACUCUUUAGGGGGACUAAAGGCACUUUAACUGUCUUUCAAUGCAAUGUAUUUACUGUGGGUUAUCUGCAUGGAAUAUAGUCUUAAUAUUAUAAAAAAAAAAAUCUUC